AUGGCCGAAUAUUGCCGAUUAUUGAACUUUCAGUGUAACGCUAACUCUACAACAGCUAUUGCACGGUUCGCGGAGCCUCUCGCGUUGACAUCAGUCUUUCCCUACCUCCCGGAGAUGAUUAGGAGUUUCGGCGUUGCACAAAACGAUGUCGCAAAAUGGGCCGGUUACACAUCCGCCGUCUUCUCCCUUUCUCAGAGCGUGACCGCCGUUGCGUGGGGACGGGCCUCCGACCGGGUCGGAAGGAAACCGACCAUCAUUGUUGGUCUCAUCUCGACGAUGGUGUUCUUUGUCGUCUGGGGUAUGUCCACCAGCCUACCGAUGGCCAUCAUCGUGCGAGCCAUCCUGGGCAGCGGAAACGGAAAUGUUGGAAUCAUCAGGACCAUGGUUGCUGAAAUGGUCCCCGAGAAGGAGUUGCAACCCCGGGCGUUCUCCAUCAUGCCCCUGAUCUGGUCCGUCGGCUCCAUCUUCGGCCCAGCCUUUGGCGGUUUCUUCGCCAACCCCGCCCGCCGUUUCCCUUCCGUGUUUGGCGAUAGCUGGUUCUUCAACGCGUAUCCGUUCGCUCUGCCGAACUUCAUCGCCGCCGUCUUCUUCCUCAUCUCUGUCGCCACCGCCACCCUCUUCCUGAAGGAGACGCUCGAAAGCAAGCGUCAUAAGCCCGACUGGGGCCUCCUCCUCGGCGAACGCCUCACCCGCCCCUUCCGCCGCUCCCGCCCCCCACCUACCACCCUCCCAACGUCCGACGAACCUCCUUUGUCGACGGCGAGGCCACCGCGCCCUUGGUCCCCACCAAGCAUCAACCUGCUCUGCUACACCUUCCUCGCCCUGCACUCCGUGGCCUAUGACCAGAUCCUCCCGGUGUUCCUCAACUACCCCGUGCAGGCCCACACGCCCGACAACACCCACCUGCCUUUCCAGUUCUCCGGCGGCUUCGGCCUCAGCUCGGACCGCAUCGGCACCAUCUUCACCAUCUACGGCAUCACCUGCGGCGUGAUCCAGUUUUUUGUUUUCCCUCCUCUGUGCAACUACUUUGGUGUCCUGCGCUGCUUCCGCGCUUGCGCCAUCACCUUCCCCGUCGUCUACAUGCUCACCCCCUACGUGGUCCUCUUCGAGAGCAGCACCGGCCGCUACGCCGCCCUCAUGGUCGUCAUGUUCGUCAAGGCCUUCGCCGUCAUCGUCGGCUUCCCCUGCAUGACGAUCCUGCUCACCAACUCGGCCUCGUCGCUGCGCAUCCUCGGCACCCUCAACGGCUUCGCCACCAUGUUCAGCGGCUUCGGCCGCGCGUUCGGGCCCGCGACCGCCGGCGCCGCCUUCAGCUGGGGCGUCGCCCGGGGCUACAUCAUCGUCGCGUACUGGUUCCUCGCGCUGACGGCGCUCCUCGGCGCCAUCCCCAUCUACAUGCUCUUCGACUACGACGCCCUGACGCAGACGCCCGACGCGAGCGAUGACGACGAGGGGGAGGAGGACGAGAGCGUCAGCGACGAGGGAUACGCCAGCGAGGGCAGCGGGCAGGCCGCGCCGACGGAGACGGCGCCCCUGCUGGGUGCGAAGACCGGGCCGGCGGGGUACGACGCCGUCAGCCCUUCCCGUUCGUAG